GGUAGGAGCGUGUGCAUUUAUUCUGUUAACUACUAAGGAGGCACACACACUUUUCUGGCCCGAGAAGAGGCGACACAGGACAUUUCUGUCAAUAAUAUUUGAAUUUUUCCCAACAUUCAACAAUCAAGCUUCCUGGAAACUGUUUUUGACUUGACUGACCUUCUGGAAGUUCUAUGAAUUGAUCCAUCAGCUUUGACACACUGGUACGAAGGCUUGCCUCAUGGAUUUGAACCUGAUUGGAUAUUUGAUGUGUGUGUGGUUGUCCUGCUCACGGGUGCUUGGAGGCUAUCCCAUCUGGUGGUCCCUCGCUCUUGGACAGCAGUACUCGUCUCUGGGCUCACAACCCAUCCUGUGCGGCUCAAUCCCUGGCCUGGUGCCCAAACAGUUACGCUUCUGCCGCAACUACAUAGAGAUCAUGCCCAGUGUCGCAGAAGGGGUCAAACUGGGGAUCCAGGAAUGCCAGCACCAGUUCAGAGGUCGCAGGUGGAACUGCACCACCAUCAAGGACAACCUGGCUAUCUUUGGUCCAGUACUAGAUAAAGCCACAAGAGAGUCGGCGUUUGUCCACGCCAUCGCUUCUGCCGGUGUUGCAUUCGCUGUGACGCGAUCCUGUGCUGAGGGCACGUCCACCAUGUGCGGCUGUGACUCCCAUCACAAAGGACCUCCGGGCGAGGGCUGGAAAUGGGGCGGCUGCAGUGAGGAUGCCGAGUUUGGAGUGCUGGUGUCCAGGGAGUUUGCAGAUGCCAGGGAGAACCGGCCGGACGCUCGAUCGGCUAUGAACAGGCACAAUAAUGAAGCAGGACGAUCGACCAUCCUGGACCACAUGCACCUCCGCUGUAAGUGCCACGGCCUGUCCGGGAGCUGUGAGGUGAAGACCUGCUGGUGGGCGCAGCCGGACUUCCGCACUCUGGGGGACUACCUGAAGGACAAGUACGACAGCGCCUCUGAGAUGAUCGUGGAGAAGCACAGGGAGUCUCGGGGCUGGGUAGAGACGCUGCGAGUCAAAUACGCCUUUUUCAAACACCCCACAGAGCGUGACCUUGUGUACUACGAGGGGUCACCCAACUUCUGCGAGCCCAACACGGAGACGGGCUCGUUCGGGACCAGGGACCGCGUGUGUAAUGUGUCCUCGCACGGGAUAGAGGGCUGUGAUCUGCUCUGCUGUGGCCGGGGACACAACACCAGGACUGAGAAGCGCAAAGAGAAGUGUCACUGCAUCUUCCACUGGUGCUGCUACGUCAGCUGCCAGGAGUGCGUGCGCGUAUACGACGUACACACGUGCAAGUAAGCCUGGUUUGCCAGACUGUUGGACUCUCUGUGCUGCCCAUCAAAACUUAACCCCUCUCCACUUCCCCCUGCUUCCCCCCCCCAAAAAAAAACACAGCAUCGACACGGCACUCACCCUAAAGGGUUUUGGCACAUUGUUGAUGAACAUUUUUGUACAAACCCUGCACUAGAAAUGUUGCCCAGCACGUAAUUUCACUCAGACUAGAUUACAAGACCCUCCAUGAUCUGACCAACACCCCUCUUACAGGAAGCAGCUUCAUUACCCCCCUCCCAGACACUGUCACGUGCAGCAUCAGGACCCCAUUCUCCCCUUUUGUCUUAAUUUAUUUCCUCCCCUCCAGCCAUUGUUUGUGGCACGUACUCAACACUUUUUACCUGUGAGAUGAAUGCAGUAAAACUUUCAGACUCUCUGCUUUUGUAUAAAAAAGCAUGUUUUAACUAACACCUCAUUUCUCUGGACAUGUUGGCUCGUUUGUUAUGAAAUCCACACUAUAGCCUACCCAAGGAAGAUUCCACUUUGUAACUACUGAACUUCAAUAGACAGUAGCCAGCUGUCUGUGUAACUACUGAUUCUUAAGUUUUACCUUGUGUUGUUCUCUUCUGCACCAGUCUACAGUGGAUGCCUGAAGAUAUGCUCCCGCCUGAUUUUAUAGCUCUGCAUUUCUGAAAUAUUAGCUGUGGGCUGGGACUUUUGCAGGAGGGGGCAUGUGUGUGAACAAGCACGCUCAUUCCACUAAACAUCAAUUUGUAUGCACUAUCCAGUUACACGUACGUCCAGGUAGUUCGAUAUCAGCGUUCUACAUCCAUUACUUUUCAUGU